UGACCCUGGGCUGCUUUUGCUCCCUGCAUUGCAAACCAGACCCUUUAAUAAAGGCCUUUUGGGGCUGCAAGCAUGCGCACAAGGAGUGGCUGGGGAUGAUGGGUCUGGAUCCCUGGCUGGAAGGAUCUGUUUAAAAGGAAUUUCCCAUAAUGCUUCGGGGUGGGACAGAGUCGCCCGCGCAGGGCAUCAUGGGAGGCGCUUCAAAGAGGAACCAACUUCUUCGCUUGCAGUCACUUUGGCCGGCUCUUCGCGCGCGGAUUUCACUCCGGCCAAUCAACGAGCAGCCUUUUCAGGUGAGAUCUCUGAGGUCUUGGCACAAACGUCGGAGGAAUAAAAUUGGUGGCUACAGGUGGAAAUGCCGGGCUCGGCGCCCGCCUCCUUUCAAGCCUUGGGCUGAAAACUGAAUACGUAGCUUUCUCACCAGACUUGGGGGUCCCCUUGCCCCUGUUCUGGUGGUGGGCAAGGGGAAACUCUUGGAAGGGGGAGGGGGCAUCCUCCCCAUCCGGAAGGGCCCUUGAUUCGGGGCGGAGGCCAAACUGUAGGCCUUUGGCUUUCUUUCCUCCCGAGGCUCAUUCUGCAACGCCGGACCAUGCCGUGAACAUUAUACCAGGCCAUCCCGCUCACCAGCCCUUCCAGCCGCACCUCAGGGGAUUUAACCGAGAGGGCAGCGGUGACCAGGGGACUGGCCAUGGCUGGGAGUGGAUAUACGGACCUACGAGAGAAGCUCAAAUCGAUGAUGCCUUACCGGGACGGCUACAAGAGUAGCGGUGGCGGCAAGAGCAGGCGGGAUCCUGCCGAGUCCCCCUACGGGGCUGGGGGGGGAGCCCCCGAACGCAAGCGCAAGCACCACCACGAUUCCGACUCCGAGCCCACCGACUCCGAAGACCCCCUGCGGGGGGAGGAGGAGGAGGAGGAAGAAGAGGAGGCCCAGAAGGUCAAAGGCGGCAUCCGGCAGCUGCGCUUGUUCAGCCCUGAGGAAUGCGUCAAGAUCGAAGCGCGCAUCGACGAGGUGGUCUCCCGGGCCGAGAAGGGCCUCUACAAAGAGCACACGGUGGACAGGGCCCCGCUCCGGAACAAGUACUUCUUUGGGGAGGGCUACACCUAUGGGUCUCAGCUGCAGAGGCGAGGCCCCGGCCAGGAGCGGCUGUACCCGCGGGGGGAAGUGGACACCAUUCCUGAGUGGGUUCACGACCUGGUCAUCCGCAAGCUGGUGGAACACCGGGUCAUCCCCGAGGGUUUUGUGAACAGUGCGGUGAUCAACGAUUACCAGCCGGGGGGCUGCAUCGUCUCCCACGUGGACCCCAUUCACAUCUUCGAGAGGCCGAUUGUCUCGGUGUCUUUCUUCAGUGACUCAGCCCUCUGCUUCGGAUGCAAGUUCCAGUUCAAGCCCAUCAGGGUCUCCGAGCCGGUCUUCUUCCUGCCCGUGCGGAGGGGGAGCGUCACUGUACUCAGUGGCUACGCAGCUGAUGAAAUCACACACUGCAUCCGACCACAGGAUAUCAAGGAGAGGAGAGCCGUGAUCAUCCUUCGGAAAACCAGAGUAGACGCCCCCCGGCUGGAGACCCGAUCGCUGAGUAGCUCUGUGUUGGUCCCCGGCUACGCUUCGGACCGCCUGUCGGGGAGCAACCGGGACCCCAUCCUGAAGCCAAAGAGGUCCCAUCGCAAAGCAGACCCCGACGCAGCCCACCGACCUCGGAUUUUAGAGAUGGAUAAAGAGGAGAACCGGCGCUCGGUCCUCUUGCCGAAACACCGGAGGCGGAGCCAUUUCAGCUCUGAGAACUAUUGGCGGAAGUCUUCCGAGUACACAGAAGACUUGGAGGAGGAGGAAGAGGAGGAGGACGACGAGGGGAGUCCGGCACGGAAAGUGAAGAUGAGGCGGCAUUGAGGAAUUCUUUUGACACCCCCCCACAUCCUCCUUCCCCAGCCUUCGAGGUGAUGAGACUGGCUUUCAGGCUGUGAAAUGGGAUAUUUCUUCCCCUUGACUUCCCCUCUCUGAGUUAUUUCUCCUUUAGCUUCAAGGUUAUCUUGCCCCUUCUCUUCCUGUUUUAUCUUGAAAAAGAGCUGGAACAAAUCUGGCUUCCUCCCUCCCUCCCUCCCUCCCUCCUUCCGCAUCCGUGCUGGCUAGGAGGUCUGUGGUGCCGCCUGCCUGCUUUCCCGGGGCAGGUGGCCAUGCCUCAUAGCAGAGGCAGCUUUUCUGUUUUUUAAGAAAA